UUUGCCUGAAAAAAGUUCAAUCGAAACUUUUGGAUGCUCAGAUACCGUAGGGCAACCGGAUGCUUAUCCUGCCAACCGCGUAAAAAAAUGUAUGUUAAGCCGCAAACGCUCAAACAGUUGAAAGCCGAAGUUCACGAUUUGCGUGGAGUUAUUCGAAAUUUACGACUUCAGCUUCGAGUGAAGGAACAACGAUUCAAAAAAUUUGAAAAAGAAACAGAGAAGAAAAUAAAUGAUUUGGAACUUGGCAUUGAACAGUUUCGGAAGUCAGCCAUUGAUAUUCAGUCCGUUUCAAAACAGUCGAUCAAAGAUGAAGUGCGCUCAUCCCUUCAAAAGAUUUUCACUGUGAAUCAAACCGAUUUGAUUCUAGGAGAGAAGAAAAAGGUGGUUUGGACAGCGGAAGAAAUUGCGCUGGCAUUUUCGCUAAGGUACCACAGUCAACCGGCAUAUUCAAUCGUACGGUCUGAAAUGAAGAUUCCAUUACCCUGCCUGAGAAGUCUCCGUGAAUGGGCGUCUUGCAUUGAGAUGCGCCGAGGAAUACUGAACGAUGUUUUUACAGUACUGAAGAUCGCUGGAAAGCACAUGUCUGCAAGAGAGCGAGUUGUAGUUUUAGGAUACGAUGAGGUAUCCGUCAAUGGUACCGUUGAAUAUGACAAACGAAACGAUAGCGUAAUUGGCCCUCACAAGGAGAUGCAAGUGGUAUCCGCUCGAGGAUUGUUUGGGAAAUGAAAACAACCGGUCUUCGCAGAUUUUGAUCAAAUGAUGACUAGGGAAGUGCUGGACAAAAUAAUUACACGUUUCCACGA